AUGGCAAAAACAAAAUACACCAAAACGAGCAAUUCUCACGAUGAUGCACCUUUGUCUCCUUCAAGAAACAAACAAAACCACAGCAGCGCCGAUCGCAAGGCAACCAUGGGUGCUACAAAGCCAACAAAGACAGUGAUUCGGGUCUCCAAACGACGCAGGAAACCCAAGAGAUACCACAUCGAAGAUGACGCUCCAAGCAAGACAGAUGCUUUGCCUCACUCACCUCGUCAAUCUUCACAUCAAGCAAAGAGUGCCAUCGUUACUCCCGCCAAACAUAAACCUAAGACUACAGCGGAAAUUGCAAAAAACAAAACUGCAAAGACCACCUUACCUUUUGUGGACGAUAUGGCACGAGAGAUGGUAACAACUGAUGAUGAAUGUGAACCAGAGGAAGCACCACAAGAUGACAGAAAACCGUCUGCAACCCCCAAACUCAAAAAGGAUGCGAAACUUAACAAUCCCAAACGCAACAUUGAUGACAGUUCUGAUACUGACACUUCUGAUGACGACGAUGGCUUUCUGUCAUUUGACAUCAGAGAACCUGCAGCUGCUCUUGCAAUAACCAAGUCCAAAAGAGCUAGACACAACCACAAUGCUGGGCUUUCUCUUGCCGAGGAUCUGGUCCAUGCAAAAGAAAUUGGUGGGGACAAGCAACCCUUCCUACGCAAGCAUCUACGCAAAAUUGAAAUGCUUCAUCCAAAUCGCGUUGUAACUGCAUGUGUCGGAGACGUACCAGGAACUGUCGUUCUGAUCUGCCUACUUCCAAAGGACACCAAUCGCUCCCCCCCCAUCCAAGUUACAUUGGACAAGAUCUUAAACAAUGAAUCUGCUUUAAAACAAUUCCAACGGCACUGUAAGGUUCACAUGAUUCCUAAUAUGUGUGACGAAACAAAUCCAAUGAUCCCAAAAGCUUGCGGAAGAACAGGAGACUACUUCCAAGGAAAGCCAUGGCCGUUGCUCCUGUGCAUAAGACAGAAGAGAUGGACAUCGCAAGAACUGACAGAAUGGGCAGAGACAAUUGCACGUGCCCUUACAGCAGUCAGUGACGAUCAGUGCAGGUAUCUUCUUCCUCUGGCCUAUGCAGGCGACAUCACACCCAAGAUCAAGCAACCCUUGAGCUACUACAUCACGGUUCCGGACGUUCUUGAAGCCCUAAAGCUGUACUACUUUCCAAAUACGGACAUAAACACUAUCCUUGCACGAGAAGACAUCGGAGUCUACCUUGACCCAAGAUCCCUAAAGCUUGCCAGAGACGCAGCAAAGAGAGGACAAGGUAACGGUGUCUCGUACACCUACAACGAAGCAUUGGACCCAAAUAAUCCAGCAUAUUCGUACUUCCAUGACUAG